AUGAUAAAUUAUCAACAAAAAAAAUAAAGAGAUGAGGCUGAAUGUUAUUGAUCAGUGAUCAGUUUGUAUGAGCAGAUAUCUCUGAAGCUGUUUCCAGGGUGACUCCUGAAAGCUGCAGACUUUAUUUGGCUUCCUGUGAACCAGUCUGAGCCCAAACGCUGCAAGAAAAACAAACAGGAAGCCACCAUCAGUGGAGCAGGAGGAGGAGCAGGAGCAGGAGGAGACCUCUGACCACACCUCCUCUGCCUCUGGCAGCUGUCUGCCCUCCUCAGCCCGUCAGUCGUCUGUCAGCUCACCGGGGAGAAAAUCAAUGAUUUAGCAGAAGUUUGUCUUCAGCUGGAAGGUUUCUUACAGGCGGGCAGCAGACUGAGGUCAAAGUUUCCUGGAUUCUGACGUUUUUUUGCAGUGAGCGACGCCAUCAGCCGACCGUCCCUCCAGGAUGAGCGCCGAGCCUCCGCCGUACCGUCCUCACUUCCCUGAGGGCCCCUCGGCCCCCGCCUUCUCUCCAGCUCUCGCCUGUCAGCCUGGCUUCUUCCCCAACUCUCCGUACCAGACCUUCCCUCAGUCCUAUUACCAUGAACAUCCAGGUUACAUGGCUCCGAUGACCCCACAGAGCACCUUUGGGACCCAGUCGGCCUACCAGGGCAGGCUCGACGGGCCCCCAGGGGCCUCGUACCCACCAAAACACGCAGUUUACGUGGUGGAUCAGCAGCAGGAUCAGGGCGGCGGCAGGAAGUCGUGUCUGGCGGCGUGCUCGACUCUCCUGUGCUGCUGCUGCCUCUGGGACCUGCUGACUCGGCACCUCUGCUGACCUCUGACCUCCUGUCACACAGCAGGCUGUGGACCUGUACAGGUGUACACGCCUCUCCACCUGUGUAACUGGGAUAGGCUCCGCCCCCUGUGACCCUAAUAAAGAUAAGAGGAUGGAUGGAAGUUUGUUCAGUGUUCGAUGAUGAACUCUUUCUCUUGACUUCUGAAAUGAUUAAAAUACAAAUAUUCGUGUUUUUGUUUUUUAUUUUAAUUCUUCAGUAAAAAUCAAAAUAUUUGCUGUUUGUUUGUUUUAAGAUGUUAAUGUACAAAUUGACUGAACUCCAGAAACUCAGUUUGAUGUUUGCAUCAGUAGAACUGCUCCAGCUUAAUGACACACUUCAUCUGCUCUCUGUUAAAUAAACUUUUUCAGACACAUUAAUGCGUCUUUGUUUGUCUCUGCAGGGUUUUUAUUUCAUGUGUUUAACAGAAGCCACUCAGCUUAAAUAACUGAUAAGGUUUGAACUUUGAUUCUAGGACCACAAACACGAGGUAAAAACUCUUUAUUUUAUACAUGAAGUAUGUGAUGGUGUUUACAGGACUCCUCUGAUUGGUUUAGCCUGCUGUCAGUCUUCUGCCUGCCGCAGACAGAUCCAAAGUUUUACUGCUGUGAUGCUCACGUUUGAGACUUAAAGCUGAUAGGAAAUAAUAAAAGCCGAGUGAUGAAUUCAACAUUCAGAGAGUUUGAAGUAAUAGCAGUAAUGAAAGAUUUAUGAUUAUUACAUCGUCUCAGUGCGACAUCAUGCAGAGGAAAAAGUUGUUUGAUCUUUUAUGACGGCUCUUAUUUUCCAUCUGUUCAGUUAAUAUUAUUUCGUCAGCUCUAUGUUGAUGCACUGACCAUUGCUUACUUCUAAUAGUCACUUUAUAAAUGACAUUUUAUUCAUUUAAAAACAUUUUAAUUACAGUGAAGAACAUUAGUCAUGUUGACCUGUGAAUGUUUUUUCUGUGUUGAUUUUGUUCAUUUUUUAAAAUCAUGCAUGAACUCAGACUUUGUUCCAUCUUAGAAAACAAAACAAAACAAUAAUAUGAAUCCAUCACCUUCAAAUAAGGAAUGACUACAAGACAUUUUCAUUUCACCGUGUGUUAUACAUGUAUAACUAUGCAUGUGACAAAUAAAAAACCUUGAACAUUUUUCAGGGUCAGAAAUUCAUUUUUAUUUUUUCACACUGACUUUGUGGAAAACUUCAUUUGUUUCACAGCUCAGUAGAAGAACCUGAUAAACUAAAAUAAAAUGUAGAAACAUCAUUUGUUGGGUGGUUAAACCAAUACGUCCUCCUCUGAUUGGUCCAGCUUGGCCUG